AUGCGACAGCCCAAGUAUCAGCCUACGAAACCAGUGGAUUCUGCUAAGAAGAAGAACUCUGUUCCUGCUCUCAUCAAUAUCGCUUCGACCCUUGUCACCCCUGCCGACACUAGCAACGAAAUACUUCCGGGAGCUUGCACCGAUCUUCCACCUCUUCUUUACAGGUGGAGUUGUAUCGAUUCGCAGGGAGCCAACUCGAAGGACCUCCUCGUCUCCGGGUUAUUUGCGAAUGUGUUUCCUGAGAUCUACCGACCUGGCGAUAUCUCGGAGGAGCAGUUCAAGGCUUGCAUCGAGCAACACAUCACUAAGAAAAUGGUCAAGUCACCCUUCAUCUCGACAUUUGCAACCUUGCUCGGCCCGAUUCACCGGGCCCUACGCGCCGGCGACGGCGCAAUCGUGUCCGUAAUUGAUUCCUCGAAACUGGCUACUGCAGCAUUCUCGGCAAAGUCGAUCGUUGUUAACUCUGGAAUCCAGUUCAAACGAUACAAGGGUUACAGCGAGUUCCUGAUCUGGGGAUAUGUGCCUACUCAGGCGAUCGUCGCCACGGUGAAAGUGAGCGACCUAGAGACAAUUGCUUCGACUCACUGUCAGAUUGGCGAGCUUCUUCAGCUGCCGAAGAUACGCGAGGAGGACAACAUUCGGCCUGCCCUGCGCGCUACACUAGCGAAGUCGUUUCCGAGUCUCGAGGCUGGGCAAAUCGUCGGAAAGUUUCUAGAGCUCCUUCAAAUUCCUGAUGCCUACCGCACCGAUGUGGCUCUGACACUUGCCAAGUCGUGGAAAUGGCGCCUGGAGGGACCGAAAGCACACUUUCUUCGUGGCGUGGACACCGUUAGCCCCAAUCUGCCCGAUACUAGCAUCGGUAUGGAUGUGUAUUCCCCUGAUAGCGCCGCGGAUUUCAUUGAUGACCGGGAUGAAGAGUCUCCCAUAGCGUCCGACAAGGAGUUCCUACCCAACGAGUCUGAGGCCGAAUGUGAUACAGCUGGUUCGAGUUCCGGGUCAGACACGGACGAAAAGACUCGGCGCAAGCGAGCACAAAGCUCCGCCACUUCAGCCUAUGAUACGGCCACUGAAUGCACAUUCUCUGUUCAUUAUGAUGAUGAUGAUAGCUCGACCCAUGUCUCGGUGCUUGUCGACAAAGCCCUUGAAGAGGUGUUGCUUGGAACUGAAGAAGCCGACGAUGGCUCAGCACUUCUCGAUGAAGCCCUCGAAGAACUGUUUUUUGGCACGAAAGAAGUCGAAGACGGGUUCUUCAACUACCACACAAACAAUGAGUACGAACAUGAAUCGAUGGAGAUGCCAAUGCCCGAUGGUGUUCGGGCAAACCUCGCAACUAUUGCAGCUGUUGCCGAACAGACACGCAUCAGGUCCGUGCUCCGUUCUUCUUUCAAUGAUGACAACGAUUCUGUACGUGUUGAGCCUUCCAUGUCCGAGUCGUCCGAAUCUCCCGAGUCGCUUGUUGACACCCCGUGCCCUCCGGAGCGUCCUCUGACUGGGCCCUUGAUAAUGGAGCGCUAUCGUAUGUUUUCGGGGUGGGAGAGAAUUGAGUAG